AUGAGCGGAUGGCACACUUCGCUUGUGCUGAGAUCUGAAGCGGGUGUGCUGAAGACGGCUGACAUCGAAAUCAAACGGGGACUGUUUCAGGGGGAUACACUGAGUCCUCUAUGGUUCUGCUUGGCAUUGAACCCCCUAAGUGCACUGAUUAACAACCAAAAAUACGGAUAUAUUCUAGAUAGAAUUAAAAAAAUUAAAAUAACCCAUCAGCUUUAUAUCGAUGACCUUAAGUUAUAUGCAUCUAAUGAUGAAGAACUGGCAAAACAAAUACAGAUCGUAGCUACAUUCAGUGAGGCCAUAAGAAUGCAAAUGGGUCUAGAUAAAUGCGCAAGGCUUACUGUGAAAAGGGGAAAAAUCAGUGAGAGUGAUUCUAGCUUCCUUGAUCAGGACGCCAUUCAGACACUGGACAAAGAUGAGACAUAUAAAUAUUUGGGCAUACAACAGGCCUUAGAAAUUAAGAAUGCUGAAAUGAAAGAAGCCUUUACCAAAAAACUAUUGUGGCGUGUGGGUCAGUUGCUUAGGUCCAAACUCAAUUCAAGAUCACUGUUUCUGGCUUUGAAUACGUGGGCUAUGCCGAUAAUGACAUACACUUUCGGAGUACUCACCUGGUCGACUACGGAGUUGCAAGCCUUGGAUACAAAAAUUCGAACCAUCUUGACGAAAUACGGUGUACAUCACCCACACUCCUCCGUGGCUAGACUCUAUCUCCAAAGACACCUGGGCGGAAGAGGAUUGGUUAAUUUAGAAACAGCUCACAAUAAGACCGUAAUAAGAUUGAGGGAAUAUUUUAUGCAGCAGAACUCACCUUACUUCAGGACCCUUCGGGCGAUCGAUGUGGGAUGCUCUCCGUUGCGGCUCUCGGACUCAGGAUUCGCUCCGCCGGUCCGCACUCAGCAAAGUUUUCGGGAAGUAUGGAAGGCUAAAGCUCUGCAUGGUAGAUACCCCAACAAUCUAGAAAACAAUAACGUUAAUAAGGCAGAAUCAUUGACUCACAUGAAAGCGGGCUAUCUCUGUCCUGAGACCGAAGGCAGGUUGCUCGCAAUACAGGAUCAGGUGGUUCCAACCAGAUCCUACCUUAAAAACAUUGCAGGACAACACCUGACCACUGAUUUGUGUCGGAAAUGCGGGCAGGGACGAGAGCAUAUUCAGCACGUGACAUCUGGGUGCUCCAUCCUUGCGCCUAGAGAAUAUACCGACAGGCACAACCAAAUGGCGAAAAUUUAUCACCAGGCCAUUGCGCUGAAAUACAAUCUCCUCAAAGUCAAGAAAAAAAAUCAUCUCUACUCACCUGAGGGUGUCCUCGAGAACGAAUCCUAUAAAUUAUAUUGGGAUACCACGAUAGUGACCGAAAGACCAGUGGCGAACAACCGACCGGAUAUCGUUCUGUUCAAAAAAGAAAGCAAAAUUUGUUAUAUUAUAGACAUCACAGUGCCAUCGGAUGAUAAUAUCUCUAGGGCGUACACGGAAAAAAUUAGUAAAUACUAUGACUUGUCAUUCAACUUAAAAGAAAUGUACCAGUUUAAGCAAGUAACCGUUGUUCCACUGGUAAUCUCGGUAAACGGGCUUGUUGAAGAACAUCUUUCCGUGAACACAAUGCUGCUGGAGCUGGAUGGCUAUGUUAUUUCGAGUGCUCAGAAAGAGGUGAUAUUGGGAACAACACGCAUUGUCCGACGAUUUCUCCAUUGCUCGUGA